CUCACGGACCUCAGGGAACACCAAGUUCCACGCACAACAAGCCAGGCCCGUCUUGGGACCUUCCUCCCACCCCCUGCAACUAACUUGCAGGAAGGGAAAGCACAGAGUGGCAACAGCGGCUACUGCUUAUUCUACGGCUUCAUCAUACCGGAAGACAGACACUACGCUCAGCCAUGUCCAGCACUGCCAUGGGCAACAAAAGCAAGAGGCACAGCAUCGUUAUCAAUGUGAACUCGAAAGAGCAAAAUGUGAUUAAGAAGUUGGUAUCCUCCUCAGCUUCUGGUAGGCGAAUGAGCUUCACCAGCACUAUGUUGGCCAGCAAAGUUGGAUCAAUGGUUCGCAGAAGCAUAUUGAUUUCUUCGGAUGCAAGGUCUAUGGAUAAGGGGUCUCUAGCAAGUGGCAAACCUCUUGUUCAGGUUUUUGAUGACCUAGGAAAAGAUGUGACACCUCGUCCACUUUACCAACCUGAACCAAGUGCUGCUGGGACUGUGCACAGACAAAGCAAAAUCUUAUCACCACAAGAUUUUGCUGGGGUAGCUCCAAGUGAAUUCUUGUCUUCCCUCUCUCUGCAGCAAGCAUCUGGAGCCAGUAUUAGCCUAGCAGGUCCAUUCUCCAGAACUUAUGGUAGUGGCAGCGUAACAAAGUCAAGCACUUCUACUGAAUCAAUGGCAGAAGAAAUUGUAGAACCUGGAUCUAGACGAGACACAGCUGCUAGUUUAUCAGAUGUUCAGGUCAGGCGAGAGGAAGUACCAGAGCAACUGACCAAAGGAGACCUGGAAAAGUGUGUAGAUAUUUUCCUCACGGAGACGGAAACGAUUUGGUUAUUUGACAUGCCAACUGUCAUGGUGUCUACAGAGUCUGAGGAAGCUGACACUGUGAGAAAAAAGAAUGUAGCUUACAUGGAACUCUGUAAAAACCAAGUUGGCAAUGAUCGUUAUGCCAACAGAAUGAUGCAAACACUUAAUGGAGGACCAAAGACAAAGGAAGUACAAUGUGACAAAAUUGUCAUGGCUGACAAAGAGAUAAUGGCCACUACCUGGGAUUUAUACGAUUCCUUUAAUGCUUUGGAAGUAGCUAUUGCAGAAAAAACUACCAGACCACUGAAUGUGACUAGCAGUAAAUCCACUGCAUUCAAAGAACGUGACAGAACCAUGUCCAUAUCUUCUGCGGACAGAGAAAGCACUGCUUCAAGUUCUAUCAUUGAUUUGGAAAGUGUUAUUCUUUCCCGAAUCCAUGAAGAGGUAGAAGAUCGCUCAGAAGCUAUAAUGAAAUCUGAAAAAUUUCAGCAAGAUUUAUUUUAUAUGGAGAGGGUCCUAAUGGAGAAUAUUUUCCAGCCUAAACUUGCAGCUUAUCGGCAGCUUCCUGUCCUCAUAGAGCCAUCUAUCAAAUCUGAACAUAGCGAAUCUGAAUUAGAUAAAGUAUCAGAAAAGGAGGAAGAAGAGGAGGAGGAAGAAGAGGAGGAGGAGGUGCUCUCAGUUAGGUCAUCACUGCUGUUAGAAUUUGGUAAAGGACAACAGGAAAUCCCACCACCUGAUAUGGAAUCCUUGUGGUCCUAUGGAUGUGACUUGACAAGAGGAAACACUGUGAGCUGUAUGGCUUGGAAUAAACUGAACCCUGAUCUAUUGGCUGUUGGUUAUGGACAGUUUCGUUUUAAAGAGCAGAAGAAAGGCUUGGCUUGCUGUUGGUCAAUGAAGAACCCGAUGUGGCCAGAGCGUGUCUAUCAAUCUACUCAUGGGGUAACUGCAUUGGAUUUCUCUGUAGCCAAUCCAAACCUCCUAGCAGUUGGACUGUACAAUGGGACAAUUGCAGUCUACAAUGUCCAGACUCAUAAUUCAACUGCAGUUUUAGAUACCAGUGAAUCUUAUGAUAAACACUUAGGCCCUGUGUGGCAGCUGAAGUGGGUUGAGCAGGACAGGGGAACAACAGGAGAAGACAAAGGGGAAAUACUAGUCUCCAUAUCAGCAGACGGCAGAAUAACUAAGUGGUUUGUUCGGAAAGGAUUAAGCUGCACUGAUCUGAUGAAAUUAAAGCGAACAGCAGGUGAAAAGAAAAAAGCAGGGGGGGAAAAGAAAAGCGAAGCAUUGAUAUCUCGACAAGCUCCAGGCUUAGCCUUUGAUUUUCAUCCAAAGGACACUAAUAUAUACAUGGCUGGAACUGAGGAAGGCUAUAUUCACAAAUGCUCUUGUUCUUACAAUGAGCAAUACCUAGAGACCUACAGAGGACACAAAGGCCCAGUGUAUAAGAUAGCAUGGAAUCCAUUCAGUACCGAAGUGUUUCUAAGUUGUUCUGCAGACUGGAGUAUUAUAUUAUGGCGCCAGGAUUCAGUUCGCCCUAUUUUGACUUUCAGUUCCACUGCCGAUGUUAUUUAUGAUAUAAUGUGGUCUCCCACUUCAGCAUAUGUGUUUGCAGCAGUAAAUGAAACCAGAGUGGAAAUCUGGGAUCUUAGUGUCAGCACUCUGGAUCCCCUGAUUGUGAAUCCUGCCACUGGAACUGUGAAAUUCACAGCUGUACUUUUUGCUAAAAAUGCAGAUUGUCUUCUAAUUGGCGACAGUGAUGGAUCAGUCACUGUAUAUGCAUUAAGAAAUAUGAUUGCCUCAGACAGGAAGAAGGUGGAUGCUUUGCAUGAUGUGAUUGGCUCAAAUCUAACCAGUCCAGUAUAGCUUUACAACAAUAUUCCAUGAAAAAGGGAAAUAAUAUUGAAUGCCUAGCACUUAAUUAUGCAAAUUAAAAAAUUCAACUGUUCAAUGUUAGUGAGUUUAUAUAUGGAAAGAUAUCAGUUGGGAAUCUUUUUGAAACUUCACAUAUGUUUGCUUGGAAAGUCCCAGUCACUGCACACACAACGAAAGUGAAAUAUCAAUUCUGACUACCUAUAUAAUAUAGUAAAACACUGUGCCAAAUACUGUCCAAGAGACAGAAGCUAACCCUUUGUUAUACUCUGAUUAGAAAAUGCUUUUGUACACACUGUAGGCACUAUGGUAGCAUUUGAGAAGUCAAUGGAAAAAUGAAUAACGGAGGCAAGAGACAAGGCAUCCAAAUUGUGUCCCAGGAUCUAAACUUUGCAGAUCCUUAAUCUCUUGGCUCAAAAGUCUUGCAUCAAAAUGCUCUGCUUCUUUUGUUGUUUGUAUAAACCUAAAGCUUAUACAAUACUAGACAGCUGUCACACAUGGGCAUUAUAUAUAACUACAACAACCGUAAAUUGGCUUCAACACCUUGGCAAAAAGUGCUUUAUGUUUAAACAGAUAAAAAUUAUAGACCAUUAAGAAGGGCAUUACAAGCCAUUUUCAUGUGUAUUUUGUACAUUUUUAUGAAGAAAUUGUGACAACUCUA